CCCUUCGUCUUCCUCGCGUCCUUCCUCCACCUGCAAACAUCUGCUACUCAAUUGUCGAGAGCGGGAGGGGAGAGAGAGAGAGAGAGUACCAUUUAUUAACAUUACCAUACCACCAAGAAGGCGUUAGGGAGAGAAAGAGAGAGAGUGAGGGAGACAAAGAGAUGGCGGAUUGGGCUCCCAUUCUGAUCGGCGUGAUCCUCUUCAUAAUCCUCUCCCCUGGCCUCAUCUUCCAGAUACCAGGGAACAGCCGGCACGUGGAGUUCGGGAGCUUCAUGACCAACGGGAAAGCCGUCUUCAUUCACACCAUCAUCUUCUUCGGCGUCUUCACCAUCCUCAUCCUUGCCGUUGGUGUUCACAUCUACGCUGGCUGAGCUACAUGUUUGUAGGAGUGCGUGCAUUAUACGUGUGUGUGAAACGGUACCGGUGAUCGAUCCAUGGCGAUGCAAGGGACAGGGAGUCGUUCCGCAUUUUUCUUCAAGGCUAUUCGUGCGUGUGUGUGUGUCUGUGUGCAGGAGCAAGCAUGUGCACUUUUUGUAAUUUAAUUAAAUAAAGCAAAUCGUCAUUGGUGAAUGUUGCAGGCUAGGCAUACUUUUAUGUGAACUUCCAUUUACCCUGUAAUCCCAAAUGGGAGCUUCAAAUGAUCUUUUGUUUUUUCUGUAAUAAUAAUCCCAAUUUUGUUG